AUGGCUCAAGCGUCAUCGUUCAAAUCGUCUAUACGCUAUCAAGUGUGCAAUUCAACUACUGACAAUGACAUUUCACGUCUUUCAUCAACAAAACCAACUCAACAAGGUUAUUCAUCAAUUAUUGAUGAUGAUCUAUGUGAAAUUACGAUUUCACCAACACCAACAAAUAAAAAAGUUUCACUCUCAUCAACUUCACCAAAUCAUAAUACAUCAUCAUUAACGCAUGUUAUUCCAUUAACAACAAGUGAUUCUCGAAAAACUUCUUCAAACGAAUCAAAUAUUGUCAAAAUACCAAUUCAAUCAUCUUCUUCUCCAAAAUAUCCACUUGGUAGUUCAUCAUCAAUUCAUUCUCUUCCUAAACAAACUAAUCCACCAUCCCAACAGCAACAACAACGUUCACGACACUCAUCAACAAAUUCAUCUACUCGUGAUAGUAUUAAUCCAACAAUUAAUCGUCAAUCAACAUCAAGACAAUCUGUAUUUGAUACACUUGCAACAAAAUUAACAGCUGUACGAAAAAGUUCGACAACAGCAUUAGCUGCAGCACAACAACGUUUAUCAACUGAUAAUGCUAAUUUAUUUUCUGCAUAUCAAGGAGAUUAUAUUCGACAAUCUCGACAAUUACGUAAGGCACGUCGUCAAGAUAUAAAAGCAAGAUUUGAAAAAUUCGAUAUCAAUUCUCCAACAACUCGACGUUCACAUUCAUCACGUCGUUUUACAUUUAUAUUUGAUCCGAGUGGACGUUUAACAUAUUGGUGGACAUCUAUUAUUAGUCUUGCAUUUCUUUAUAAUUUUUGGAUAAUUAUAUUUCGUUUUUCAUUUCAUGAAUUAACACAUAAAAAUUUAUUAAUAUGGUUUAUAUUUGAUUAUUCAUGUGAUUUUCUUUAUUUAAUGGAUAUUAUGUUUAAUUUUCGUACAGCUUAUUUAGAAGAAGGUGUUUUACAAACAGAUCCAAUUAAAUUACGUCAUUAUUAUAUGAAUACAACGAGAUUUUAUAUUGAUUGUCUUUGUUUAAUGCCAUUAGAUUUUCUUUAUUUAUCAAUAGGAUUUAAAUCAAUAGUUCGAUUAUUUCGUUUAGUUAAAAUUUAUCGUUUUUGGACAUUUUUGGAUCGUACUGAACGACAUACAAAUUAUCCAAAUCUAUUUCGUACUAUUGUUAUGAUACAUUAUUUACUUGCUAUAUUUCAUUGGAAUGCAUGUUUAAUUUAUAUAUUACAUACACGUUCGGAAUUAGGUUUUACAAAACGUUUUUCAUUUUCAUUCAAUGAUAGUGGUUUAGAUUAUUUUAAAGCUUUAUAUUGGUCAAUAUCAGCAUUAACAUUAACACAAAAUCAUGAAACAAAACCAACAUCAAAAGAAGAUUAUAUCUUUCUAAGUAUUGAACUUGUUUUUGCUUUAUUAUUAUUUGCAACAAUUAUGGGACAUGUUGCAUCUAUUGUUUCAAAUUUAAGUAAUGCAAGAAAAGAUUUUCAAGCUAAACUCGAUGCAGUUAAAACAUAUAUGUCAUUACGUCGUGUGCCAAAUAGUUUAGAAGAUCGUGUUAUUCGAUGGUUUGAUUAUUUAUGGAUGAGUCACAAAUCCGUUGAUGAUAAUCAAGUUCUUUCAUUAUUACCCUAUAAACUUCGUGCUGAAAUAGCCAUACAUGUUCAUUUAGAUACAUUAAAACGGGUUGAAAUCUUUCAAAAUACUGAAGCUGGAUUUUUAAAUGAACUUGUUUUACGUCUUAAACCAGUACUUUUUUCACCUGGAGAUUUUAUUUGUCGUAAAGGUGAAGUUGGAAGAGAAAUGUAUAUUGUUAAUCGUGGAAAAUUACAUGUUAUGGCAGAUAAUAAUAAAACUGUUUUAGCAACAUUAAAAGCUGGUUCGUAUUUCGGAGAAAUUAGUAUUCUAAAUAUGGGUAGUGGAAAUCGUCGCACAGCAUCAGUUCGUUCAGUUGGAUAUUCAGAUUUAUUUUGUUUAUCAAAAGAAGAUCUUUGGGAAGUAUUAAAAGAAUAUCCAGCUGUACGUGUUAAACUUGAAGCAAUAGCUGUAAAACGUCUUGAAAAACAUAAAAAACCUUUGAUUCAACAAAUUAAUAUGAAACGAAGUAAAAGUGCACCGGGUCUUGUUGAAGCAAGUUGUCGUCUUCCAUUUUUUGCUCCUAUUCGUCGAACAGGUAGUGGUAUUCGUCAUCUAUCAACCAUUGAAGAGACCGAUAUGCUUUCGGGUACACCUUCAAUUCUUCCAAUAUAUUCAUCCUUUAAUCAACACCAACGACAGGAACAACAACAACAACAGCAAUUUUCUACUUCAUCAAAUUCAUUAUUAACUGCUGCACCACUUGCAUCAUCAAUUAGUGUAACAUCAUCAUUAACUUCUGCUCGUCAACCAACAAUAAAUCAUUCAAUAUCUUGGUCAACAACAACAGAUACAAAAAAAGCGGAUGUACUACGUGUAGGAAGAGCAGUUUCGUUAAUAAACAGUAAUUCACAAAAUCGUCAUAAUUCAAUAAUAUCAAAUGAAAUUGAAUCUUUAAAACAACGUUUACUUGAACUUGAAAAAGAAGAUUUAACGUUGAAUUCACCAAGCAAAGAAGAAUAUAUUAAAAUAAAGCAUCGUUUGAAAAAUUUUGAAGACAUACAUUUUAGUGGUGGUAGAUAA